AUGGUUACUAGGGAACAUUCAAAUUUGUUAAGAUUAUUGUUACUGCGGCCUGGGGUUAGUUGUUUUUCUGUUUUCCUCUUUUUAUGCUUCCUGUCUUUACUCGCAGGUAACAUCAUGGUGCUGUGGUCAACUUGCAGAACAUCGCUACUUAAAUCUGUAACCAACCGGUUCAUUAAGAAUUUGGCCUGCUCGGGGAUCUGUGCCAGCCUGGUCUGUGUGCCUUUUGACAUUGCUCUUAGUGCCAGUCCACACUGCUGCUGGUGGAUCUAUACGAUGCUCUUCUGCAGAAUUGCCAAGUUUCUGCACAAAGUCUUCUGCUCAGUGACCAUCCUUAGUUUUCCAGCCAUUGCUCUUGACAGAUACUACUCUGUUUUAUACCCUCUGGAAAGAAAAAUAUCUGAUGCAAAAUCCCGAGACCUGGUUAUCUAUAUCUGGGCCCAUGCAAUAGUGGCCAGCAUUCCAGUAUUUGCUGUGACCAAUGUGUCUGAUAUUUAUGCCAUGUCCACUUGCUCUGAAUCUUGGAGUUACUCCCUUGGCCACCUGAUAUAUGUUGUCAUUUAUAAUAUCACCACUGUGAUUGUACCAGUGGCUGUGGUGUUUCUCUUUAUGAUUCUUAUUCGCAGAGCGCUGAGUGCCAGCCAGAAGAGAAAAGUCAUCAUAGCUGCAUUAAGGACCCCUCAAAAUACAGUUUCUAUCCCAUAUGCCUCCCAGCGAGAAGCUGAGCUCCACAUCAUGCUGCUUUCUAUGGUUAUGAUAUUUAUCUUCUGCAGUGUCCCCUAUGUGACUUUGGUGAUUUACCGCACCAUACUCAAUAUUUCAGAUAUUUCAGUCUUCUUGCUCCUCACCGCUAUUUGGUUGCCCAAGGUCUCUUUGCUGGCCAACCCUUUGUUAUUUUUAACUGUUAACAAAUCAGUACGGAAGUGCUUAGUGGGGACAGUAGUACAGCUGCACCAAAGGUUUAGCAGGAGAAACAUCGUCAGCUCUGGUGGUAUUGCAGACGAUAACUUGGAGCCCAGUGUCCAUUCGGGAAGCCAGCUUCUGGAGAUGUUUCAUAUCGGGCAACAACAAAUCUUCAAGCCCACGGAAGAUGAGGAGAAUGAGACCAAAUCCAUUGGCUCUGGUGACUUUCAACGGAAAGAAAUCCCUACCACCGGUUUAGAGCUAGGACAGACUUCGGUUCACAGGUUUAUACCACAGACAAUUGCAGACUCUGCAGCUCAGGUGGCCCCAGCUGUGCCCACAGAAACUGAUACAGUGAAUGACAAGUAUGCCAUGCAGUUUGGUUUUGGACCCUUUGAGCUGCCUCCACAGUGGCUCUCAGAAAACCGAAACAAUAAGAAGCGACUCCUGCCUCCUUUGGGGAAUACCCCUGAAGAGCUAAUCCAGACAAAACAGCCUAAGUGUAAAACAGAAAGAAAAGCCAGCAGAAACAAUAAAGUCAGUAUCUUUCCCAAGGUGGAUUCUUAGUAAGAGCAGAAUCUUUAAGUGACAGAGGAAGGUCACUUUCUAUUACAUGUUUGAUCCCAUGGAUCUUUAUUAUGUUGAAGUUUGUUAUGGCCUGAUGGGGUUGUUUUUUUUUGCCAAAUAUAAGUUAAAUGAACAAACAAAAGAAAAACAUAUAUACAAAUGUUCCUUAUUAAUAUGAAAUACUUAUUGAAAAUAUAUCAAAUUGUAUAUGGAAAUUUGUAGUUUGAUCUCUGAAAUCCUUGCAAUGUUACCUUGUUAUUAACUUUCAGAAGUACAUAUGAAUUUGGGAACUCUUUAUGGCUGAAUUAUGGAAAUGUGGCAGUUGGUUUUCUGGGAAAUGUUAUGUUGUAUUAAAGUGGACUGGGCAUCAAAGUAACUUAAGAGGAAAGGCUGUAAAGAGCAGAAGACAUGCAUCAUGGUAAGUCCUACUCUCCCGCAGAUAGACACAGCAAGAUUCUGCACAUUUCACUAAUGAAGUUGGAUGGACUAUUAGGUGCAUUUGUUUUGUUAUGCACAUUUAUUUGAUCACAGUUAAAACUUUCUUGCACAAAUUAGUUACCAAGCAUCUGCCUAACAUCUAAAAUAGUUUAAAUCCUACACCAUUGUUUUUUGGCUUAAAACAUUGAAAAAGCCAAGAAUCCCCAAAUCAUAAUGCAUGUUAAACCUGAGAAAGACCUCUUUUUAUAAAUAUUCCACAUAUAUUCCUGUAGUUUUAAGUAAAAGCUGGAUUGGAGACCAUGCAAGACAAAUCCUGACUCCAAUAAAUAUGUAUGUGUUAAGAAUCCUGUGAUAAAGGGCAUAUACAAAAGUCCUUACAGUGUCAUGUAUGUAUUAAUUAACUAAGGGGUAAACCUUGAAAUAAACUUAGCUGCUGGUGCACUCUGCUGUUCUGUUAUGGGAAAGCUAGCAAAUGAAAGAAAUGGGUGUGAAAUGCUAGUGGCCUUUCUCUGAGUGUGACAGUCUCAGUUUCUGAAUCUGCCUCUCUCACACAGAGACUCACAGAGAAGGAUUCUGAGUGUUUCAGUGACAACUGAACUGUUGGGUGAAGAAGCUGGCAACAUAUGCCAAAAGGCAAAGUUUUAUUAAUGCUGUUGCUCAAUAUUGCCAGUGGUAGAGAAGUUUUCCUUCUAUCUUCACAGACACAGAUACCAACCUUCCUGCUCCACUCGUCUUGCAGAGCAGACCACCCAACGUAUGAACACAAGACUUUAAAAUCUGGUGCCUAAUUCCUGAGCGAGUCAGUCGUGCCAACCCUGGUAUCAGCUCAGCAGGCUUUCUGUGAGAGUUCAGGCAUUGUGCUGCAGCUUGCCUCUCUGCAAAAUCACAGGCAUAUUGUCUCAUUUAUACUGAAUGUGAACUUUAAAUUGUAUCUGUCUGUUAGGUGACCUAGAACUACUGUAGCCGCGGCAUUUUAGUUCUUGUUCAGUUUCAAGUAGUCUUUCAUCUGCACUCACUGUUGUCUCUGUGGGUAGUUUCUUAAAAGCACAAUCUCGUAACACCUGUUUGCUCCUUGUGGUUUCCCUGUACUUCAGCCCUUCGCGCAUGCUGAACCUUUAUCUGUGAUUACUGUCUGUUUAUGAAAGUAGUUUUCUUUAAAGCAUUCUUUAAAAGGGACAAAGUGAAGAAUCUUGACAAGUUCACAAUAACUUACUGAAUUCAACCAGUUAAUUUUAAAAGUGAGAAAAAAAAUUCUGCCAAAGCAGAAUGUACCUUUUCUUCCUUUUACCUCUUUGAAGCAAGUCACCAGCUUCUAAUGGCUCCAAGGUUGUGGAUUUCUACAAAUCAUUAAAAGCAAAUGUUUUAAUAAAAAUGUAUUUAAAGAACAGUGUAUAAAUUAGUGUGUAAAAAACA